AUGGGGCCGUUUGGCCUCUCGCGCGCAGGGCUGUGGUUGAGUCUGGCCGUGAGCCGGUGCGUUUUGGAACCCCGGCCCCCGGGGAAGCGGUGGCUGGUGGCCGGCCUGGGGAACCCUGGACUGCCCGGCACGCGGCACAGCGUGGGCAUGGCGGUGCUGGGGCAGCUGGCGCGGCGGCUAGGUGUGGCGGAGAGCUGGGCGCGCGACCGGCGCUGUGCCGCCGACCUCGCCAUGGCCUCGCUCGGGGAUGCCCAGCUGGUCCUUCUCCGGCCACGGCGGCUCAUGAACGUCAACGGGCGCAGCGUGGCCCGGGCCACGGAGCUGUUUGGACUGACUGAGGUCUGCCUGGUGCACGAUGAGCUCCACAAGCCGCUGGGGAAACUGGCUCUGAAGUUGGGAGGAAGUGCCAGGGGCCACAGUGGAGUCCGUUCCUGUAUUAGCUGCCUCAGCUCUAACAUGAGUCCUGCACUGGGUCGGGCAAUGCCACGGCUGCGGGUGGGCAUCGGGCGCCCGACACACCCAGACACAGUGCAGGGCUACGUGCUGGGCCACUUCUCCCCUGCUGAGCAGGAGCUGCUGCCUCCAUUGCUGAGCGCCACCGACCUGCUCCUGGACCACAUCCGUGAGCGAAGCCAGAGGCCUUCGUCCGGCCCCUGAUGCCAGUGGACUUGGCUGCUUGCCUGACUGUCAUGCCCACACACCCAGCCACGUCCACAGAGGUGCCACGCCAACCUGUGGUAUCUUUUUUAUAUAACUCUUCUCUGGGCUGCCCCAGGCUGCCUGUGGACGGAAGCGGGGACUGUGGCCGGAACAGUCCAUUUUUGGGAUAGGAGGUUGGUCUUCUCUCUGUGUCCUACUUAGAAAGUAGGGAAACUUCAGGAAGACUAAACUUUUUGAACCUUUUUGGAGAACCAGAGGUAUGGAUCUGUAAGAAUAAAGAUGCCAGCUUGGAAGCUGAGGCCUGCUCGGGGGGUUCCCACCUCUCCCCUGCCGGCAGAGGAGGGGGCCACAGGGCCUAGCAAGGCCCCCUCCCAGGGGAUGUGUGGGCAUGUCUUAGCCCACUGGGGGCUUGCCACACCUUUCUUCAGCCCAUUUUACAGAUGAGGAAAUGGAGGCUUAGAGAGGUCCAGCCACCUCCCCAGGGCCACACAGCUGCAGCAUGGCAGAGCCAUGAUCUGCACCCAGGGCUGGCUGCCAUCCUGCUGUCCCCAGGGCCCCUGGCACCCUCACCUCAGGGCUGCUGUGUGCCCAUAAGUUUCCCACACGGGUGGUAUGUGAGAGCAGCCUGAGGUCCUCAGGGUUGGGUGGGAUGUGGAUUCGUCGAGGCACCAGGCCCAGGCCCCCUAGCUGGUAGGGUGUGACGCUGGACAGCUGCUGCAGCAGAGGCCCUGUCUUGAGAGGCUGGGUGCUGCACCGCCUGUGGGGAGAGGGCUGGUGUCAUCACCUCCAUUUCAUAGAUGAGGAAGCUGAGAUUCAGACAGGCUCUGGGAAGCCAGGUUUCGGGCCCAGGCUCAGCUGAGGACAGCCCUUGGACUAGUCCCGUAGCUCCUUCCUCUGAGGUCACACAGGGUCACUCACUCACCGCUCCUUUGGUGGGCCACAGGACUGGCUCUCCCGGCGGGGGGACACGGCCAUCUGGGGCCUCAAGACCAUGGCCGAGCUGAGCAUGACCAGCAGGUGCUUCAGCAUCUCCUUGCGCUGCAGCUGGAACACUACAUCGAAGUCACCGCCCUCCUCGUCGGGCUGCAUCUGCCGGUAGGGGUGCGGGCGGGCCCACGAGGUCAGGCCCUUCAUGGCCCCAGCACCCACCUCUGGGAAACUCCAACCCCAGUGCCUGUUUUCUCAGUGUUCCCUGGCUGUGGUGGGAUACCCAUUCUCCAAAUGGGAAGACUGAGACCCGAGGCCUUCCAGGCCUCAGAGGACUCCAUCCAGCUCCUUUGAGACCUCGAAGGAGUCUUUGAAGUGCAGAAUCAGAAAAGGGCAGACUUGCCAGGAAUCUCACAGGGAGCAGGUGGGGCCCCUGGCCUGGCCAUCUCCGAUGGCCCAGUUAUCUCCGAGCAGUUUCUGUCCUUGGCUCCAUCCCCCGCCCCACCCACUUCCAGUUCACCUGCACAAUGUCCUGUAGGAAGGAGGUGGCCUGGGCCAGGGCUGUCUCCAGGCUCGCCCGAACCUUCUGCUCUUCGGCCAGCUCCUGCUGUAGCCGCUGCCCCUCGGCCUGCUGACGCUCCAGCUGCAGGUUCAGCUGUUCUCUCUGGCUCCUGGGCCCGGGACCAGGACAAGUCAGCCUCCUCCCCAUUCUAGGGUGAGGGGCCCUGCCUUUUCUCUCCAGCCCACAGGGGCCCUCGGCCAGCCCCGGGACUCAGCCUGUUUGACAGAUGAAGCCUCAGGGCCCCUCUAGAGACGGGGAGUCGCUGGCCCGUGUCACGUGGCCACAAAGGGAGGGGUUCCCACCUGCUCCCGCCGCUUGCCCUUCUGCGGGCCGCACCUCAGUGCUUGGUGGUCCUUCUGCAGCUGCAUGAGGCUCUGCUCCAGCUGGCUCAGCAGGAGGCGCAGCUGCUUGGCCUCUGCCCUGCCCUGCUGCUGCUCGCGGCACUUCUCCGUCAGCAUGAGGAUGAUCUGCAGUGUGGGCAGGUGGCCAUGCCCUGGGCCCGCCACAGGGCCUCAGCCAGCCCCGCUCCCCCGGACAGGCCAGCCGAGGCCCUGGGAGCCCGGCACCCUCUCUAGAUAGCAGCUGGGUCCCCAGGGUUGGGUUCGACUUCAACCAGUUAUGGGGGCUUUAAACCAAAUACAAACCAGAGAUGGGGCCAGAGCCCGCACAAGAAGGGCCCCAUUGCCUCACAGCUACCUCCCUCGAGAUUUGGCCCCUGGGGUCCACCCGUGAGGGGCUGUAUUUGCCCUGAGGACAGGGCCCCUAGGGUUCCUUCCUGUUCUCCGUGCCAAACACCCCAUGAUGAGGGCCUGGAGGGCACACCUUCUUGUGGCCUCUGCUGUGCCUGGCCAUGACCUUCUGGGAGUUCUCCAGCAGCUCCAGCUGUUUGCACAGGUUGUCCUGGUUGCCCCUGAGCUGCUCGUUCUCCUGCAGCAGCUGCAUGCCUUGCCGGGAUAUCUUGGCCAGCUGCAGGGUCACGGUGUUGUUCUCCAUGAUGGCCCGCUUGGUCGUGUCCCACAUCUGGCUCGUGGCCACCUUGCGGAACUCAGUGGCCACCAUGUUCACGCGCUGGAUGAUCUCCUUCUUCAAUCUAACAGGAGGGGUGGGAGUGAGGGGGUCGGACAGAGUGGGUACAGGCACCUCCUGCCUACGCGGGGGUCCCCAGAGCGCCUAGAUCUCUACAUUGUCUCCCCCAGGAGGGGACAGGGCCACAGGCAGGAGGCUUUUUACUGUAGACCCUUUGUACCAUUUUGAACUUAAUCCAUGUAAAUAUUAUUCAUUAUUAAAUAAAUAUAAGUUAAGUCACAGAAGGCGGCAAAAGGAAGUCCAGGGAUUCUUCAGCACUGGCGUGAGAACUGGGAACCUUUUUUUCCCUCCACCAUAAAUCAGCCAGGAUUGUGAGGAGCAGCGGGUCGGGGCAUCUAGGAGCUAGUGCAGUGCCCCCAGUUAGGAGCCGAGGCUGUCAAAGGUCUGAGGACCGGGCUGUGCUCGGCCCCGCUAAGGGCCCGGCCCUGGCCUGCCCACCUGUUCUCGUCCAGCACCGACUUCUUUUCCAGGUUAUGC